UUCCCAUUGUGGCAAAUGAAGAGAGAGCAGGGAGAAGCAGAAGGCAGAGCAGCAGGAAGUGGAUUUCCACACACUGAAAAUACUGCUUUCCACUGAAUAUUCAGUUCCAAAAACAUGUAAUCAAGAUGAAGAUGUAUAUGACUUUCCUCUGCUUGAGCUGUGGAUGGAUGCAAACAACUUGUGCUGCUAGUGUGACUCUGUCACCAUCCUCUGCACCAGUGACACCCACUCAAGAUGAGAGCUCCAAACUUGUGGAUUGGCUGAUGAAGUAUGGUUACCUCCCACCCUCAGACCCUUCCACCGGUCAGCUGCAGGCUUGGACAGGUGUCACCAGUGCUGUGAGGGCCAUGCAAAGGUUUGCAGGCCUAAAAGACAGCGGAGUUGUAGAUGAGGAGACAAUGGCGGUGAUGAACACGCCACGCUGCUCACUACCGGACCAGGAGGAAUCAUCCAACCAAGAGAAAAUAAAUAUGAGGAGGCGGAGAAGAUGGGCUGUCUCCAUGUGGACGCGCAGGAACAUCAACUGGAGGUUGCAAUCAUAUCCCUCCUCUUCUCAUCUGUCUCGGGAAACAAUUCGCUCACUUAUCUUCUACGCUUUAAGAGUGUGGGCCGAGCCAACGCCACUGGAGUUCCAUGAGGUGGGCAGUCCGGAUGCAGCUGACCUGCGGGUAGACUUCUUCCAUGGUUACCAUGGUGAUGACUACCCCUUUGAUGGGGCAGGUGGAGCAGUAGGCCACGCUUUCUUCCCCUCAGACCCAGCCCGGGCAGGAGUAGUUCAUUUGGAUGCGGAGGAAGAGUGGGCAUUCAGACAGCCAGUCUCUGAGGGUACCGACCUGUUCACAGUGCUGGUUCAUGAGUUUGGCCACGCACUGGGCCUUCCUCAUUCCUCAUCCCGUCACUCAGUCAUGAGGCCAUACUACCUGGGUCCUGUCGGAGACCCUCUCCACUACCGCCUGGGACCCCAAGACCUGGAGCACAUCACUCAGCUCUAUGGCCAAAUGAACAAGCUGCUGUCUACGGAGGCUCCUCGUAUCACCACAGAGUUGCACCACAGAGGCCAUCAUCAUCAUCGUCGUCAGCAUCAUCAUAGGCAUGGCCCCUCCAUAGAUCACUGUAACACC